AUGAAUUACUUAAUUAGUUCAAGUAACAGAACACUUGGCACACUUCAAAGUCUAUCUAUCUAUCUAUCUAUCUAUCUAUCUAUCUAUCUCAGUCUGUUCAUAUCUCUAUCUAUCUCACUGUUCGUAUCCAUCUCAUCUGUUGAUAUGAAUAGACAGAUGAAUACGAACAGAUAUCUAUCUAUCUAUCUAUCUGUCUCAGUCUGUUCAUCUAUCUAUCUCAGUCUGUUCAUAUCUAUCUAUCUAUCUAUCUAUCUAUCUCACUUUAUUCAUAUCUAUCUGAAAUAUCUCUAUACCACUUUAUUCGUGUCUGUCUGUCUACCUAUCGAUCUAUCUAUCUCCAUCUCAGUCUGUUCAUAUCUAUUUGACAUCAUCUCUUUAUCUCACUUUAUUUACAUGUAUCUUGUAUCUAUCUAUCUAUCUAUCUAUCUAUCUAUCUAUCUAUCUAUCUAUCUAUCUAUCUCAGUCUGUUCAGAUCUAUCUAUCUAUCUAUCUAUCUAUCUAUCUAUCUAUCUUUGCCUCGCUCUUUCCCCCUCUCUGUUAGUAUCCAGCUGCUUAUUUGUCCACAUACAGAACGAUGCAAUAUUGUCCUACCUUAAAGACGCAUUUGUAACCUAA